AUCCUAUCCUCUAUCUCUCUUUCUGCAUCCAUAAUAACCCAGUCUCCGUCUCUCCCUCCUCUUCGCCCAAGUAACAAGGGGAAGAAGAAGAAGAUGGCAGCAACGCUCUCCACUCUCAGCCUCCGCUCUCCCUCUCAUUCUACAACCUCAUCUUCUUUUCCUGCGCACUCACCCUCUACUUUUCCUAAGCAAAACCUAGAGUUUCCUCUCUUCCGAAGCCCUAAAAUCUCCCGCAAAGGCAGCUUUCUUCCCCCCAUUUCCGCAGUCGCCGUCUCCGAGAAGAUUGAGAAGCUGGGGUUAGAUAUCGCAAACCUCACCCUAGAAGAGGCUCGCAACCUCGUGGACUAUUUACAAGACAAGCUAGGUGUCUCUGCGGCCGCCUUCGCCCCGGCAGCAGUGACCGUAGCACCUGGCGCUGCAGCGGAGGCGGGUCCCGCGGUGGUCGAGGAGAAAACGGAGUUCGAUGUUGUAAUUGAGGACGUUCCCAGCAACGCCAGGAUUGCGACGAUUAAGGCUGUAAGAGCACUGACUAAUUUGGCCUUGAAGGAGGCAAAGGAGUUGAUUGAAGGUCUCCCCAAGAAAUUCAAGGAGGCUGUAUCGAAGGAAGAGGCGGAAGAGGCAAAGAAGCUUCUUGAAGAAGCCGGAGCGAAGAUCUCCAUUGUUUAGAAUGAUUAUACCAGCGGUGAAUUUCUCUGAUUUUCGCUUUUCUUUCUUUUUGGAUAAAUUUAGGAUUAGAAGUUGGUUAUAUCCUAGCAAUUUCUGUUCCUGUUGACGUUAUGUUGUAUUUCUUGUGAAAUUCGCCUCUUCUUUUUUCUUUUCUCCUUAGUGAAGAUCUUUAAUUAAUUAAAGUAAUUUUUGUGCCAUCAUUCUCUGAAA